GCAAGAGCUUGAAUAUCUUGAUUGUGGUCUUGAUUUGAUUGCUUGAAAUUGCUUAUUGCUCUGUAGUUCAUGCUACUGGCAUCAAUGUUUAUUUAGAUUUACUUAAGAAAGUCACAUUACCAUGAUGUUUGAUAUAAAACAAGAGCUCGAAGACUUGGAAAUAUGUCGCGGUUGUCUCAGCUCAGACAGGAGACUAUCUUCUAUGGCUACCGACGAUUUACGCUCUCUUCUUACAGAAGACCAAUCACUGGAAUUGGAUCAUCAGGCGACCAUAGCUCUGUGUUGGGAGUGUAUGGCUCUGCUGCGCAAGACGCACAAGUUCCAGGGACAGGUACAAAGGGCACACACGAUUCUGCAAGACUCCUUACAACUUUCACCAGCAAAACCUACAUUGUCAUCUCUUUCUGUCCACCAAAAUUUUGAAUAUGAUGUUGUUUUUGAAGAAAGCACACCUACUGAACAAUCAAUUUCUUAUGAAACACCAGAACUUCAUAAAGUUAUUGUACCCACAAAAUACAAAACUAAAGGUUCAAAAAGCAGUAUAGAAAAUGUAGAUACUGUUAAAGUUCAUCUUAAUGAUAUUUAUGAAAAUGUGAAAUGUAAUACUACUAUUAAAAUUGAACAUCCCAAUGCUGACAGUGAUGAUGACGAUAAUGAGUAUUUUGAGCCCGAUGAUAGAAAUUUCAGUUCGUCUGAAGAAAUUACAGAAACCAAAGUAAAUACUCGAAAAAGUUUACGUAAAGCUGCUAACAAUACAGUAGUAAAUCAUUCAAUGAAACAAAAAUUAACUGAAGAAAUUUCAAUAAUGAAAACUCCUGCCAUGCUGAAAAAAGCAAAACAGAAUACGCCGAAAAAAAGAAAAGCUAACUCAAUUGAGAAAUGUUCUGAUGAAAUCGAAAUUGGCAAUAUGAAUAACAUUGAUAAUAACAUAAAAGAAGAAAAUGAUAAUAGCGCUGCAGGCAAUCAAAAUGCCAAGGCUGUUGCUACAAAAAGAAAAAAACAUGUAAAGCUAGAGGAUGAUCCAGAUUUCAAAGUAGAGGAUAUUAAAGGAGAAAUUAGUUCUAAUGAUAGUGACGAUGAAAUCCAUGAAAAUAAAACAAAAGAUGAUAAAGAAAAACCGAUGAAGAAAAAGGAAAGAUCUCAACUGACCCAGAGACUGAAAUACAAUAAAAUAUUUACAAAGUAUAAAAAAAUUGAAAAUGUUUUGCCACAUUUUCAAGAAAUCGAAAUGAGUCAGCAAGAUUUAAAGAGCACUUUAGAAAAAGAUGAUGCAAUUGUUGACGAUAAAUAUCCUGUUAAAUGUAACAUAUGCGGUGUGAUGUUUGGGUUAGCCAGAAGUUUGACCGCUCAUGCAUAUAGAUAUCAUAGUAGAACUCAUCCCGGUCUAAUAGUCAACAAAUGGUUCACCAACCCACCACCUCUGUUACCUCAGAAGUCCGUCUGGCGCUGCCGUGUUUGCGCCAGAAUGAUGCGCAAAGAGCACAUAGUCGCACAUAUGAAUAAAUACCACACCAUGCAAUAUUUUUGCAUCGAAGAUGGAUGUGAAUUGUAUGAGAAGGAUCAGAAGUAUUUUUGGGAAAAGGAGCAUUGCGUACAACACUGGAACGAAGUUCACAAAUAUUACAUAUGUGACAUUUGCAAUAAACGUUACAUAAAAAAGACGGCCAUGGAGUUUCAUAUUAUAGAAGCUCACCCUCCACCUAAACCGCCGAAACUCCAUGAAUGCCCCCAUUGCUUCAAGAAAUACACCAAUCGCUCGUCGCUCUAUAACCACAAAACGAAACAUAUGUUUGAACCGGCAGAGCUGCGGUACUGUGUGGAGUGCGACACCACCUUUAAGACGAUUUUCAACUUCAAGUUUCACUUCCGCACUUUUCAUUCGGGGAAGCCUAGGCCUAAAUAUCCGUGCACCGUGUGCGGCAAGGUGCUGCAAGCAAAAUCAGGGCUUAAGCUCCAUAUGAACUUCUUCCACAUUGGAGUUACUAAAUACCGUUGUCACAUCUGUGGUAAGUACCUGUUCAAUCCGCAGUGUCUGAAAAAUCAUUUGGAUAAACACAACAAUAUACAAUCUAAGAAACCCAAGAAGACUGUACCGUGCACCGUUUGCGGACGCGCGUUUGAGCACAAGAGCCUUAUAAUCCACAUGCACACGCACACAGGCGCACGGCCGUACAAAUGUCCGCACUGUGAGGCAGCGUUCACACAACCCUUUGUGCUACGCACGCAUUUGGCUAAACAGCAUAAUGUGAACGCGACCGUGCGAAUCAAUGGGGACAUCAUACCGGCGAUGAAAACUGAUGGAGCUUUGGAUGGUGAUCCAACUUCUUGUUUUUAAGCAACGACGCAAAAAGAGGGGUGUUAUGUUUGACUUCUAUGUGUGUGUGUCAGCCUGUGGAACCGUAGCUCUUAAGAGAUACGAAAAACGGAAAAGGUUUUUCCACUUCAAAAUAUUUUCCAUUCUCCAUGGUUUUUAGUAUGUUAUUGACACAAUGAAAAACUAGGUUUAUAGGUUUUCCUUUUUUCAAAAGGACUAUGCGUCAAAAUGGUCCAAAAACCAACAGAGUUGAGAGUUAUCUCAUUUAAUAGGUCUUUUUAUCUACUAUAAUUUAUUACAUGGACACCAAACGGAAUUCCAUUGCAGAACUGAGAUAUUGGUAUUUUAGGCAAAAGGUCGUCACCCUUAUUACCUUGGCAAUAGAGUCCACCGCCGGGCGAGCCCGGCAAACCAUUCGCCGAAAUACCUAUCUAAUGACUUAACUCUCAUUUCUGUCGGUUUUUGGACUAGGCCAAGACGUUUUUAAGUAAAAAUUUUGUUGACCAUGUUGACAUUUCUGACGGAUGAAAUGUCAAUAAUGCGUUUUGAAAUUGCAUCGACUUAACUUGUGCGUUCAGAAUUAUAUUUAACAUAAUUAUUAAAAAACAAACGUUUAUUAUGGAAUUUUAAGGUUUAUUACUUAAAAUCAUUAAAUAAAGCUAAAUCUGGUAUUUUUUAUUAAAUUCUCAAACCAUUUAUUUAAUGAUAAUAAAUAUAGAACGAACCAUUAUUAUGAGCGUUUUACGUUUUGUUAUCUGUCAAGCUACUUAAACACGCUCCAUCAAAGGUCAAAUUACUUUCCCCACUAGUGGAUAAAAUGCGUUUUUCCCCGCUUGUUUUAAAGGAUAAAAGACGGAUUUCCGAGCUAGUGAGGGGAAAAUAACUAUUCCCCGUGAAGAUUUUCAGACAAUAUUUGAAAGCGUCAUUAAUAUCUAUAAAUUACGCUGAACAUGUCAACCUUAACAAAACGAUUUAAGUUUCAAAUUAGAUUGGACUUUUGGAAAAUGUGACUUGUCUUCAAAGUAAUCAUCAAAGCUGGAUUAAUUGGAAGAAAUUUGGAUUUUUUGAAAAACCAUGUAUUGGUGUGGCAUACAUUUA